GAUAGAGGUAGAGGGAGGACGUAGAGCUGCGCCGCCCGCACCGUAGACCUUCGCCUCGCCCGGCCGGCUCUUCACCCUCUGGGAGGAACAUGGCAGAUAAUCUCAGCGAUACCUUAAAGAAGCUGAAGAUAACAGCUGUUGACAAGACUGAGGAUAGUUUAGAAGGAUGCUUGGAUUGUCUGCUUCAAGCUCUUGCUCAAAAUAAUACAGAAACAAGUGAAAAAAUGCAUGGAAGUGGAAUACUUCAACUCUUUGCAAGUCUGUUGACUCCACAGUCUUCCUGCACAGCCAAAGUAGCUAACGUCAUAGCAGAAGUAGCCAAAAAUGAAUUUAUGCGAGUUCCAUGUGUGGAUGCUGGAUUGAUUUCACCACUGGUGCAGCUGCUAAAUAGCAAAGACCAGGAAGUGCUGCUUCAAACGGGCAGGGCUCUAGGAAACAUAUGUUAUGAUAGCCAUGAGGGCAGAAGUGCAGUUGACCAAGCAGGUGGUGCACAGAUUGUAAUUGACCAUUUAAGGUCACUGUGCAGUAUAACAGAUCCCGCCAAUGAGAAGCUCUUGACUGUCUUUUGUGGCAUGCUGAUGAACUAUAGCAAUGAGAAUGAUUCACUUCAAGCUCAACUUAUCAAUAUGGGUGUUAUUCCCACGUUAGUGAAAUUACUGGGCAUCCACUGCCAAAAUGCAGCUCUUACAGAAAUGUGUCUUGUUGCAUUUGGUAAUUUAGCAGAACUUGAGUCAAGUAAAGAACAGUUUGCCAGUACAAACAUUGCUGAAGAGCUGGUAAAACUCUUCAAGAAACAAAUAGAACAUGAUAAAAGAGAAAUGAUUUUUGAAGUUCUUGCUCCAUUGGCAGAAAAUGAUGCUAUUAAACUACAGCUGGUUGAAGCAGGCCUGGUAGAAUGUCUACUGGAGAUUGUUCAGCAGAAGGUAGAUAGUGACAAAGAGGAUGAUAUUGCUGAGCUCAAAACUGGUUCAGAUCUAAUGGUUUUAUUACUUCUUGGAGAUGAAUCAAUGCAGAAAUUAUUUGAAGGAGGAAAAGGCAAUGUGUUUCAAAGGGUGCUUUCUUGGAUUCCAUCAAACAACCACCAGCUACAGCUUGCUGGAGCAUUGGCAAUUGCAAAUUUUGCCAGAAAUGAUGGAAAUUGUAUUCAUAUGGUAGACAACGGAAUUGUAGAAAAACUUAUGGAUUUACUGGACAGACAUGUAGAAGAUGGCAAUGUAACUGUACAGCAUGCAGCACUAAGUGCCCUCAGAAACCUGGCCAUUCCAGUUGUAAAUAAAGCAAAGAUGUUAUCAGCUGGGGUCACAGGAGCAGUUUUGAAAUUUCUUAAAUCUGAAAUGCCCCCAGUUCAGUUCAAACUUCUGGGAACAUUAAGAAUGUUAAUAGAUGCACAAGCAGAAGCUGCUGAACAACUGGGAAAAAACGUUAAAUUAGUGGAGCGUUUGGUGGAAUGGUGUGAAGCCAAAGAUCACGCUGGUGUGAUGGGGGAGUCAAACAGACUGCUCUCUGCCCUCAUACGACACAGUAAAUCAAAAGAUGUAAUUAAAACCAUUGUACAGAGUGGUGGCAUCAAGCAUCUAGUUACCAUGGCAACUAGUGAACAUGUGAUAAUGCAGAAUGAAGCCCUUGUUGCUUUGGCACUAAUAGCAGCGUUAGAAUUGGGCACUGCUGAGAAAGAUCUAGAAAGUGCUAAACUUGUACAGAUUUUACACAGACUUCUAGCAGAUGAGAGAAGUGCUCCUGAAAUCAAAUAUAACUCCAUGGUCUUGAUCUGUGCUCUCAUGGGAUCUGAAUCUCUACACAAGGAAGUGCAGGAUUUGGCCUUUCUAGAUGUUGUCUCCAAACUUCGCAGUCAUGAGAACAAAAGUGUUGCCCAACAGGCCUCUCUCACAGAGCAGAGACUUGCUGUGGAAAGCUGAGAACUGCCUCUCCCUGUUACAAGGCAUCAUCCCAUCUCUGAUUUCCCCUUUGUCCUCCAUCCGGCUGCCUCUUCCAAUUCAUUCUCUACCAUAUCACUUGUGCAUGCGUGUAAUGUUCCAAUACCAAUUGAAGAACUGCUGUAGGUACCUGCCUAAUAAGAUUUCUAAACACAUAGUUAGUGUGAACAUUACUUUGUCAAAAACACCCAUAACCGUUCUCUUGUAUUCCUGUUGCUUGAUCUACAUUAAGUAGAAUGUGCAUGUUGUAGUCCUAUGAUGAUGUAAACUUGGUACUACAUAAUGACUUGCUCCUCACACACGGUAAACUACAUCAUAAUGUGCUGGUAAAUUAGAAACAAACAAUGCAGCAGGAUCUGUCUAGCUUAUUAAAGAUGAAAUUGAAUAGCAAAAAUAGCUCCACUUUUUGGUGCUUGGGAAGCACAGUGACCAAAAAAACUGUUUGGCUGCUCAUUCAUUAGUCUUAUCUACUAAUGUCAAACCCAUGGAACCUAGAGUUAAAUAAAAUUCCAGUGCUCUCACUCUUUAUCCUAUGGUUUCUGCUUUUUCCUAAUUAUGUAGACUACUGAAACUGCCACAAUUUGGCAAGACUUCCUGAGGUGUCUGAUUUCCUAUUUUAAUUGACUGUGAUCAUAGCCUGAUGUUGAAAACAUUUGUAGUUUUCAGUGUGAAACUAAGGGAUUUAAAAAUCCCUGUUAUACUAGAGCAUUUGGGUUUUGCCUAUAUUUUAGAUUUUAAUAUAUGUACAGUUUCACCUCAGAACUUCUUCUAUGAGUAGUUAAUUUAGCAUUGUCUACCACUUGUCUUUAAAAGUCACUGGGAACUUGUUUUCAACUGAGGAAACUGAGUAUAACUCACUGGAGGGUAUUUUGCUGUUUUUUCUUCAUUCAGCAUGAAAGCAAGAAGUUUCAUCUUUCAUAGUACUUUCAAAUCUUAUAUUAGAACUAGCAGGGCAUAGGAGGAAAGAUGAAGAAACAAGUUUGUCUAAAGUAAAAGGAAGUCAGGUUAUAAAAGCCAUAGUAGCCAGUCCACUUCAUUCUGCAGAUGGCCUCAUACUAAUCAGUUUCCCAUCUCCACUUUCUCAUUGAGAACUGCAGGAAUCUUAAAGGCUAUAAGAAAGCCAAAAUUCCCAAGACGAGAAGACCCUCUUGGCAAAAUAUAGUAUACUCUUCACUGCCACUACCACCUCCAAAUGGGUGUUUAGAGCUUCAGAACAUAAUCUUUGAAAAUUAAUCAAAACAUCCCUGUGGCCUACCUGCCUUCUCCCCAUACCCAAGUUUUUACCGUUACUGGCCUAAAAGGCAAAAUGGGCUCCAGUAUGAAGGACUGCAGGACAGUAGAAAGGGCUGCCAGGGAAAUGACAGGAGCUCCUUCCUCUCCAAGAUGAGAUGCUACACACCUCUUGGGUGACCUGAGUUGGACAUUUGUCUCUAAAACAGCCAUCAGUCAAGAAAGUUAAAACCCUAAUGGAAGUAAAGAAUCUUUUGAGUGAUUAUUCCCUUUGAUGUCCAAAUAAGGGACUGUUUGAGUGCUUAUGCUACACUUGCUGU